GCGCCCGCCGCUGCCGAGGCCAGAGUGACGGACUGAGCGGACGGAGGGCGCUUGGCUGCGGGCUGUGCGCCGCGCGGGCUGCUGGGCCGCGCACCUUCCUGCUCCUCGGCCUCGGCGCCCUCGGACAUGGUGGCCCCCGGCUCGGUGGGCAGCCGGCUGGGCGCGGUGUUCCCGUUCCUGCUGGUCCUGGUGGACCUGCAGUACGAAGGUGCCGAAUGUGGAGUAAAUGCAGAUGUGGAGAAACAUCUUGAACUGGGAAAGAAGUUACUUGCAGCUGGACAGCUGGCUGAUGCGUUAUCUCAGUUUCAUGCUGCCGUAGAUGGUGACCCUGACAACUAUAUUGCAUACUAUCGGAGAGCUACUGUCUUCUUAGCCAUGGGAAAGUCCAAAGCAGCAUUGCCCGAUUUAACCAGAGUGAUUGAACUGAAGAUGGAUUUCACUGCAGCAAGAUUACAGAGAGGUCACUUACUACUUAAGCAAGGAAAACUUGAUGAAGCGGAAGACGAUUUUAAGAAAGUGCUCAAAUCUAAUCCAAGUGAACAUGAAGAGAAGGAGGCCCAGUCUCAGCUUGUGAAAUCUGAUGAGAUGCAGCGAUUACGCUCUCAAGCACUCGAUGCUUUUGAAAGUGCCGAUUACCCUGCUGCUAUAACCUUCCUUGAUAAGAUUUUAGAGGUUUGUGUUUGGGAUGCAGAACUGCGUGAACUGCGAGCUGAGUGCUUCAUAAAGGAAGGGGAACCUAGGAAGGCGAUCAGUGACUUAAAGGCUGCUUCAAAGCUGAAGAGUGACAACACAGAGGCGUUCUUCAAAAUCAGCACACUCUACUACCAACUUGGAGACCAUGAGCUGUCUCUCAGUGAAGUCCGUGAAUGUCUGAAACUUGACCAGGAUCACAAAAGGUGUUUUGCACACUAUAAGCAAGUAAAGAAACUCAAUAAGCUGAUUGAGUCAGCUGAGGAGCUGAUCAGAGAUGGCAGAUACACAGAUGCAACCAGCAAAUACGAGUCUGUCAUGAAAACAGAGCCCAGUGUUGCUGAGUAUACAGUCCGCUCAAAAGAAAGGAUCUGUCACUGCUUCUCUAAGGAUGAGAAGCCUGUGGAAGCCAUUAGAAUAUGCUCUGAGGUUUUACAGCUGGAACCUGACAAUGUGAAUGCCCUGAAAGACCGAGCAGAGGCUUAUUUAAUAGAGGAAAUGUACGAUGAAGCCAUUCAGGAUUAUGAAGCUGCUCAGGAACACAACGAAAAUGAUCAGCAGAUUCGGGAAGGUUUAGAGAAAGCCCAGCGGUUACUGAAACAGUCACAGAAACGAGAUUAUUAUAAAAUCUUGGGAGUGAAAAGAAAUGCCAAAAAACAAGAAAUCAUUAAAGCAUACCGAAAAUUAGCACUUCAGUGGCAUCCAGAUAAUUUCCAGAAUGAAGAAGAAAAGAAAAAAGCGGAGAAAAAGUUCAUUGACAUAGCAGCUGCUAAAGAAGUCCUCUCGGACCCAGAAAUGAGAAAGAAGUUUGAUGAUGGGGAAGAUCCUCUUGAUGCAGAGAGUCAACAAGGAGGUGGUGGAAACCCCUUCCAUAGAAGUUGGAACUCAUGGCAAGGGUUCAAUCCCUUCAGCUCAGGCGGACCGUUUAGAUUUAAAUUCCACUUCAAUUAAACCAGCUAUUUUACUGCUCCUCUUCUUUAUUAUUAUUACUUUUAACAUUAAAAACAAACUUUGUUUGGGAUUCUAAUGGAAACAAAACAGAACAAAUCUUUUAGUUUGUCCAUGACCAAAGAGUUAUUUUAAGAAAAAAAGCUGUUUUCAUUGUAGACUUAAGGUUGAUGGGCUUUCCAGGGCAGGAAGCAAGGAAUUCUAUUUCUGACGAAGCAGCCUACACUCACCUUGUGACUUCUGGGAGAAGUGGUCUGAGGUGUUUACCCCAUGGAGGUGUUCAAAUAGCAUGACACGUCUGUGUAACUGCAGAGCAGAUGGCCCAGCUGUGCAGUAACCACCAGGUGCUGUGCUCUUCAGAUGUUUGUGUCCACUCUUCUGAAGGGAAGACAACAAUCGAGCUUUAUUUUCUGGGGGAAUUAUGUUGAGAUUUUGGUCAUUCCAGUCACUUGCAAGUGUUUAUUUGUAUACCAGUGCCAUCGCGGCUAUCACUGCAGGAGGGGUAGAGACCAACUUUUAGGAACCUUACCAUCAGGUGUUAUGUCCAGGUGUAGACUACCAGCUGAAGGAUUUUUGUUCUGUGUCUCCAGGACCAUACCAACUUCACUUGAAAAUAAUUGUAAAAACUUAAGGACCCUCCUUUAAAUGCUAAACUAAGCAGAAUAAGUUAAAAUAUAUGAAAGAGGCUUAGUGCUAUUUUAGAUAAUACUGUUGAAGGUUAGUUUGAAAUACUUUUUUAACAAGGAAAGUUCCAAGUUGUUUGGUAGAAAUUUCCUGUCGUAAAAUUGGCUUAGAAAUGAGUUGCUCUGUCAACAGGCAAUCACAGAAUAUUGUGAUUCCUACUUGCAAGCAGUGCAGUGAGACUGUCUCUUUCUCUUAACGUUUAGUCCAGCUGUCUGGUUCUAUUGUUGGCUGUUUUUUGGACUAGAUGUUCCAGGUUUAUUUCUGCUUAGAAGAAAGUAUAGGCUUGCAAAUCUGUUCAACUCUGGCUGUGUCCAUGGUAGCAUUUCACUCAAUAAGAUGGAACUUUCUCCUCAGAGAGCCCUUCCCUCUCCUGUUUAAGCAGGUAUUUCUUUAAGAAAUGUACUGUUCAGUAUUUUGUAUACUGAAUCUUUUUUUGCCCAUUAAAAUCAAGAACAUUAUUUAUGGAACUACUGAUGCUGCGUUGAAAACCUAAAAGAAUUACUUUGGUAAGAAUUAUUACUUCUAUUCUACAAAUAUUUUUUUAAACAUUGUGAGAUAUUUUAGGCAUAAAGAUCUAAUAUAUUGUUUUUGUGAAAUUAAACAUUUUAGUUAAUUGGGGAGUCAUGACUAUAGCAGCCAAGCACAAAUCGUUUUCUUAACCUAUGGUCAUAUCCUUGAACAUAUACAGAAAAAGAUUUUUUUAAAUGGAAGAACAUAAAUCACAUAGUUUAGUUGGGCAAAACAUUUAAGUGCUAUUUGCCUCUACUUAGGAACCUAUUUUCUUACCAAUAAACUUAACAAUGCAUUUCAAAAUAGCUUUCAGCUUUUAUUUUGCUUCAGUGUCUCAAAAUUCACGUCAGGCAAGACAAACAUAUCCUAGCACUAGAGAAGCAGGUGGCUCCCUAUGAGUUUGAGGCCAGCCUGGUUUCCAUAGUGAGUUCCAGGCCAGGCCCCUACCACAAUAUUAAAGAAACAUAAGCCAGUAUGAAACAUUGGAUGGAAAAUGAUUUAGUCAUCUUAUGUUAACUACUUACAAUUGUUUUUCAGUCUGACUCCUUUUGUGGAUGAUGUUACUGACAGUUGUGAACUAGAGUGAUGGCACUUGUGUGCUUUCCAAAGUGCAUUUUUCACCAGCAGAACAAAGGAAGCAUCCAGUUGCUUUUCUUCUCAUUUACAGUGGAUCGACCAUUGCCAGGAGCGUGGAGCCAGAGGAAUUUUGACUUGGUUGAAGGUUGGGCUGCACGGACAAGUGCCUCCUAAUUUCUCAGAGAAUUUCUCCCCUUCCUACUUUUAACAACCCAGAGUAACUGAGGAUUAGACUUCCUCAUUGCAAACUUUGGUGCCAAAGGCAGAUGUCGGGGAAGGAGAAGGUAGCUGUCCUGUGCUGAUUAGUGACCCAAGGUGACCUCUAAGUUUCAGCCUAGAUGCUGUCAGCAGUCUUCUAUCCCAGAGGAGUAAAACGUCAGCAGAGUGUCCCCUCGACCUGCCUCGUGGUGUGUCAGUGUGGAAGCACAUUCCUGAAAAAGCCUUCUCCCCUUUUCUUUCUGUUUGUUUGUUCAUUUUUGCAGGGCUACUUCCACAUUUCAGUUUGUUUUUAGGAACUGCAGGUGACCUUUUUUGUAGUUGUGGGGAAAUGGGAUUGAAGCCCUCCUUGGCGCUCUGUUCUGUUCUAGCCUUUCCUUCCUUUGUGGUGAGCUUCCUAGUAGAGUGCUAUUGGGCUGUCAGUGUUCAUCACUCGGAAGGAAGGAAACGCAACUGCUUCCGGGGGUCACUUCUUUUACUUCUCAGUUCUGCAAGUUUACUCUCUUACUAUGAAUAGAAGACGACUUGAAAAAACAUCUCAGUAGUUUAUUAAUGUGAAUUGGAUAUCACAUCUUAACUUAAAAAUAGCCUUAGUCAGUGUUAAAAGUCUGUUUUUAAAUAGCAGACUAGUCAUUGGAGUUCUGGUAAUGAGUGGAAUUUAAAUUUUUUUUUUUUUUUUUUUUUUUUUUUUUUUUAAUGUAAGCAGCACGGUGGCUCAUGUCUGUAAUCCCAGAAUGUGGGGCUGCAUAGGAGGUCACUGUGAGACUUUGAGGCUCCACUUCAAAAGUACCUAAGUCACACACCCCCAAAACAAAGUAAGUGUGAGAGAGAAUUAUUGAUAACUAAGUGGAAAAAGUCAGUAGUCACCAUUAUUUAUUCCUGGAAGACGAUGACAAAUCCACACAUAAACCCUUUAAAAUGGUCAGGAACUAGCAUUUACCAUGAAGGCAGAAGGUAAGGUGUACUAGUUAGAAAUCACUCACAGGCCUUUGUGGGUGCUGACAGAUACAGGGCACUGGGGACGUUUCAGUAAGUAUUGGUAAAGAUGGUUUUCUUGAAUGUACUUGACUUUUCCUGUAGUGAUACAGGAAGGUGAAGGCAAAUAAUAAAUUGUUAAUAGCUAAUCUUUUUCCAGAUCAUAGCAUUCCUUUUCUGUUGGUGGCAGAAUUUAUUCUGUAAUGAUUUCACACGAUGUUAAGAGGGGGAGAAUUUUUUUAAACAGAUGAUCUCAUUUGCUGAAUGAUUUAAGAGUAAAAUUAGCCACUGCGUGGCUCUGUGUAGUGACGACAGGUCUUAGUGCCCUCGUCUGUGGAUGAAAUACUCACCUGUGCAAAGGAAUGCGGGGCAUGGGGAGAUAAAAGUAGAGAUGUUGAUAAGUGAUUACUCUUACGUUUACAUUUGUUGUAAAUGGGACAAGCCUAACUCAGUCUAUCUCAAUUUAGUGUUUUAAUAAAAAAGGAACUAAAAUUAUUUCAACUGGGGCUCACACAUGUCUAUGAAUAUGGGCAACAUUUUUAUGCCCGUGUAUUUUCACAUUUAAUAAAAAUAUUUAUGGUCAUAUCCACUA